ACGGGGAAGCCGUUCAUGACCGGCAGGUUCGGGCUGCGCUGGAAGGGCUGUGGGAGACACGGGGGUACUGAGAACUGGGGGUGGAGGGGCGGCCACGGCGGGUCCCAUCUCUCCGGCCGGGGGGGCGGCGCGGCCGCCAUCGCCGCCCCAGCACGGUCCCGCCUCCCGCUUGCAGAGGCCGGGUCGGCGGCGGGGAUGGCGGCAGCGGCGCCGGCACGGGGUCGGGUGCUGUGCCUCUUCGACGUGGACGGGACCCUAACGCCGGCUCGGCAGAAAAUCGAGCCGGAGGUGGACGCCUUCCUGCGGCAGCUGCGGGAGAGGGUGCACAUCGGCGUGGUGGGAGGCUCCGACUAUGCCAAGAUAGCCGAGCAGCUGGGGGACGGGGAUGAAGUCGUUGAAAAGUUUGAUUACGUCUUCGCAGAGAACGGCACAGUGCAAUACAAGAAUGGGCAGCUGGUCUCCAAGCAGGCCAUUCAGGACCACUUGGGGGAAGAGCUGCUGCAGGAUCUAAUCAACUUCUGUCUCAACUACAUGGCGCUGCUGAAGCUGCCCAAGAAACGAGGAACCUUCAUCGAGUUUCGCAACGGGAUGCUGAACAUCUCCCCCAUCGGCCGGAGCUGCACCCCGGAGGAGCGCAUUGAGUUCUCCGAGCUGGACAAGAAAGAGCGGAUCCGGGAGAAGUUUGUGGCCGCCUUGCAGAGGGAGUUUGCUGGCAAGGGCCUGCGUUUCUCUCGAGGUGGCAUGAUCAGCUUUGAUGUCUUCCCAGAGGGCUGGGACAAGCGCUACUGCCUCAACGUGUUGGAUGAUGAGAGGUUUGACACCAUCCACUUCUUUGGGAAUGAGACGAGCCCUGGAGGGAACGACUAUGAGAUCUACGACGAUCCCCGCACGGUGGGGCACAGCGUCCAGUCCCCGCAGGACACGGUCCAGCGCUGCCGGGAAAUCUUCUUCCCAGAAAGAGCCAACGAGUGCUGACUGCUAGGUCCCCACAGCCCUGCCCCAGCCCUACCCUCUACCCUGCCCAGGAGAAGCACUUUCAUUUGAGGAAUCUGCUCAGGGUAGACUGCAAAAAAAUGAAUAACACUUCCCAGAGCUGGCCAGGAGGUCCCCAGUGAGCGUGGGUGGGAGCGCAGGAGGCUGCCUCUGCUGAGCAGCCCUUGGGCACUACCUCGGUACGGUUGGGGCUUGUGGGACCUCCUCACCUCCAGAAAAACUUCUCUCCUGACAGUCCAGGCUAUGGUGGGUGGCAGUGAGAGAUGCUUUCUUGGACAGAAAGCAUUUGAAAGGGCCAGCCAUGAGUGUGUGUGUGU